AUGGCUAGCGACAGUGACGGUACGGUAGUCCACUAUGGAGCGGUGGAGCUGAAUGAUCAGCUGUUGCGAGACUGGGGUGGAACACCCCUCGCACCUACCAGUCCAACCCAACCACUAACUAAUCCCCUCCACGGAGGCGGUGUCCCUUCCCCUCACGCGCCUGGCCGAGGAGCGCGCCAAGCGGCAGUCGGUCGAACUGUUUUCAGCAAGUUACAGAUCAAAGUUACUACAGACCUGAUCCACCAGAUAGCAGCAGGAUUACCCGGAGCUCUAGAGUCGGUACUGCUGGCAAUCAAGAAUAAAGUAGACUACCAGCAAAGGCAGAAGGGCGAAACUGAUUCUGGACAGACUAAAACUGCCUGGGGUGACUUUGGAGAUGGUUCUGGACUAAAUGAUCAUGAAGAUAUGUUUCUUGAGAUUAAAAAACUAAAAAAUGAAGUUCAAUUGAAAAAUGAAACAAUAUCUGUACUGAACCAAAAGGUUGUCCAUCUUGAGGCAUUGUUGGAAAUAAAGGACAAACGGCUACGAGAGCUGACUGCCAAUGUAGAUCGGAUGAAAGCCAGACAAGAUGAUUCAAAAGAGAGUUUUCAUUCAAUAUCUGCUUAGUAUCUGAAAUAUUCGGUAUCAUCAACAUUUGAACAAUAACUCUAAAUACUCCUUGUGUUGCCAAACCUAAUUAUGUGAUUCACUAUUAGAAUUACUUCAAAACACUUCAAAAUUAUAUUGUUGUUAAAUUGUUUUCUAUUUUU